AUGCUCUGAGUAACAUCAUCAUGACGAGGGAAGGCUUUGUUGUAGCCACAGGAUUGCUCUUAGCCCUUAACCUGACAGGUUUUCUGUUUGAGGACACAAUGAAUGGCGAGUGUCGCCCAGGGUUUGUUCGAGUAGACCAGUGGUGCUUCUCGUUCUAUACAGAACCUACCUCCAUGUUGCAAUCCAGUGACGUAUGUCACCAACAUGGCGCUCACAUGGCGGUACUAGACUCUCAGGAAAAGGAGAAGGCUCUGACAGACUACAUUGAACAAAUGGGUUUCUUUCACAUACAUCAAGAAAGAAAAGAACUGUAUAAAAUAGCCAAACAUGAGUCGGAUGUUCAAGCAGAAAAAAAUAAAUUUUGUGAGGACUAUAAGUUACAUGGUACACAUAGUGGUAAAUACCGCCACAUACCUAAUGCACAGAUUCCUAUAGGUUCCCCUCCACAUCUCAGAGCAAACCUCAGCACUCCACCAGGUUUCAGCAUCAAACUCUCCAACAUCCCCGGGGCCGGUCUAGGAGCGUGGACGGACCAGUUUGUCCCUCAAUACACGAUACUGGGUGUUUAUGAAGGAAUCAUUCACACCAGGGAACCCGUCUUUGAACUGUAUUCCUGGCAGGUGGACAGACAGGGAAGUAACGGUACCUACGUCAUUGACGCCGCUGACCCGGCCUGUAGUAACUGGCUCAGAUUUUUUAACUCACCGACCACCUACACAGAGGAAAACGUUAUUCCCGUACAGUGCGCAGGCCUUGUGUUCUAUAUGACGUCACGUGACGUGUAUCCCGGGACGGAGCUUUUACUGUGGUACGGUGACGGUUAUGGACGGUUUCUAGGAGUAAAUAGGAUUCAUCCGGAAUAUGACCUGAACGGUUCCGUGGCGUUACGUGCUAACGUGAUAACGUACAUUGAUGACAAAGGUUUGGUGUUCGACGACUGGACGCCCGUAACGUAUCAGAACUGGUUCGACAACGACGACGACGAGGGCGAGACGGUGCUGGACCAGAUGUUUGGUCUGCUGUUGACCUAUCACCAUGACAACAAGUGGUACUGGGUGGCUGAGCGUAACUAUACUUAUUAUACAGGACACGAGGGACUAAAGCUUCCCUUUAUCUGUGAAGAUUCCACAAAUAACUCCAGAGUUGGAUGAAGCUUUACAUAUAUAAAAUAUAACGUGAUAGGAAGGAAAUUAUUGUUGACCCUUCUUUCUGACUGGAAAUUAUAUAGUUACAGUUUGAAACGUGUUAAAAUGCAUUUUUUUUUGCAUGUUUUUGCUUUCAAUUGUUUUUUUGAAUAAUCUGACUUAAGAAUGACGUGAACCUUCAUUUUUGAAUAGAAAAAACACAGAGGCCUUGUUUGUCUUGAAAAAAGGAGCAUAAAAAGGCAUCACACUGCAUUGGAGUUAUACUGCUUUGCCAUUUUAAAACAGAAAAGUCAAUGCAGUGAAAAAUAAACGACUUUGAUUUUAUUAUUUUCGAGAAACUAGCACACAAUUAUCUGCACGUAAGUUGAUAAUGAAUCAUGCGGUCUUUUUAAACCUUCUGCUACAGGGUUGUAUCACACAGAUGGUGCAAAAAGUGAAGAAGUGUUUUAAUAAAUAAUCUUUUUAUGAAAUUGUCAGCAAAUAAGUUAAAUCAAAAUGCAUCAAUCAAAUUCCAUUUUGAUUAACAGAUAGUUGCUCUUAGAAUCUACUUGGUUUCAUAGUCUAGAGGCAAAAUCGUAAAAAUAAAUCCGUUAACAUAUUUUUUUUUUGUUUUUACAAAUCCCGUUACUAAAAAUGAUUCUUCAGUUUCAUUGAAUAGGAUGAGAUUCAUAAAUAUAAUUCAAAAUUAUCCAAACUGACAUGCAGCUGUUUUUUUGGUGUUGUAUAUGAUAUAUCUGGCCCACAUUCCGCACGAAUGUACACUAAUGUACGCAAAAAUAUCGUUUAAAUAUGGUUUAUUCCUUGUGUUCAUACAUUGUUAGAAUGUACACUAACUAUUAUUUAAAACCAAGCCGUCCAUUAUUGGAGCCAUUUAAUGAAA